GAGGGGUUUGCACAUUGAAACUCCUCUCUAGCUACCCUCCCAAAUUAUUGCAGCUCUUUUUAAUGUUGUUUCUAGAACUCCCCUUGUCACUACUUGCAUGAUAUCGCAUCGCGUUUCUUGAAACCCCUAGGAAUCAUAUGACCUGUAGCAUCACACAACUGCUACAUAUUUAAUUUUUUCAUGCAAUUCAGAUAUUUAGUGUCAAUUAUUUUGUGUGUGUUGGUGUCAUUAGUAUAAGGCAUUGAUAUAUGUUUUGGGGAUUCAACUUGGGUUUUAAAAUGAGUGUGUUGAUGGUAAAUGAGUUGGAGAGUGUUAAGAAAUAUCUUUAUGUUUUGAUGCUGAAAGCUAAGAGAUUUCCAGGCAUGGCAUGGAGAAGUAUGUGGAAAGUGGGAAAAGAAGAUCCAAGAAGGGUCAUUCAUUCACUUAAAGUUGGUUUGUCCUUGACACUUGUGUCCUUGUUAUAUCUGAUGGAGCCUUUGUUUAAAGGAAUUGGAUCUAAUGCCAUCUGGGCUGUUAUGACUGUUGUUGUUGUUCUUGAAUACACUGCUGGGGCUACCUUGUGCAAAGGAUUGAAUAGGGGAUUAGGAACACUGGCAGCUGGAUCACUGGCAUUUUUAAUGGAGUUUAUUGCUACUGAAUACGGGAGGGUUUUUCGAGCUAUUUUUAUAGGUGUUGCUGUUUUUGUGAUUGGUGCAGCAGCUACAUACCUAAGAUUUUUGCCAUACAUAAAGAAAAAUUAUGACUAUGGCGUAGUGAUCUUUUUGUUGACAUUUAAUUUGAUAACUGUUUCAAGCUAUCGUGUGGAUAAUGUGCUGAAAAUUGCACAUGACCGUUUUUACACCAUUGCGAUUGGUUGUGGAAUCUGCCUUCUGAUGAGCCUUCUAGUCUUUCCCAAUUGGUCUGGAGAAGACCUCCAUAAUUCCAGUGUUUCUAAACUUGAAGGAUUAGCCAUGUCAAUUGAAGCAUGUGUGUCAAAAUACUUCAAAGAUCAUGAAAUAGAGCCCGACAUAAGCAAAGACAACACAGAGGAGGAUCCUAUAUAUUUGGGCUACAAGGCUGUUGUGGACUCCAAAGCUUAUGAUGAGACCUUGGCACUACAUGCAAGUUGGGAGCCAAGGCACUCGAGGCACUGUUACAGAUACCCGUGGCAGCAAUAUGUAAAACUUGGAGCUGUUCUUCGGAGUUUUGGAUAUACUGUUGUGGCUCUGCAUGGCUGUUUGGAAACAGAAAUCCAGACACCAAGGUCUGUGAGAGCUCUCUUUAAAGACCCUUGCACUCGACUAGCUGGAGAAGUAUCGAAAGCCUUGAGGGAACUAGCAGAUAGCAUCAGAAACCGCCGCCAAUGCUCACCAGAAGUGCUAUCUGAUCAUUUACAUGAAGCCCUUCAAGAUCUCAACGCUGCACUAAAAUCACAACCAAGACUCUUUAUUGGUUCAAAGACGAACCAGACGAGCAAUAUGCUUGCCUUAGCAGCUGCAACAGCGAGACAAACCAUAGACAAGCACUUAUCAAGUGUGAAAACAGAUUCAUCAGCAUUGAAUGAGUGGAAAUUAUCUAAAAGGGUAUCUGAAAAAACCAAAGAGGCCGAGAGAAAAGCGUUGAGGCCAACAUUGAGCAAGAUUGCAAUCACUAGCCUUGAGUUUUCAGAGGCACUUCCCUUUGCUGCAUUUGCUUCUUUGUUAGUAGAGACUGUGGCAAGGCUUGACAUUGUUAUUGAAGAAGUAGAAGAACUGGGAAGGAUGGCUAGUUUCAAAGAGUUCGAUCCUGAUGAUGAGAUAACUGUGACUUGUGAGAAUCCUAAGGUGGAGGCUGCUUCAACUUACAAUAAUAAUCUACCUUCACAUGCAGCAGACUAGAACCCGUGCAUGGAUGAUGGAGAUGCUUCAAAAACCUAGAAUUAUUAGUUUUACUUAGCUUUUCCCAUAUGAACCUGGAUUUGAGUUGCUAUUAUAAUACCAUAUAUGUUGAAGAAUAUCAUAUCACUCAUGUAUGUUAGAGGUCUGUGUCGUAUUUACCUAAAGUAUUAAUAACAGUAUAAAAGAUCUGCAUUAUC